ACUAAGACUACCAAAACCCUAUAAAUUUCUCACCUUUUUCAACUCAUUUUACCAACCAAAUCAAAACAACCGCCUUCAUAGAAAGAAAGAAAAAAAAACAUAACUAGGUCUAGUUGUGAUGGCCUCUUCCCAGCUCUUCAUCAUCUUUGCCAUUCUAGCAAUUUCGGCCCCUUCAAUUUUGGCAACAAAUUAUGUUGUCGGCGAUGGCAAAGGGUGGACCAUUAACUUCGACUACCUAGCUUGGGCACGGGGGAAGAUGUUCUAUGUUGGCGACAACCUUGUUUUUAACUAUCCAAAAGGAGUCCACAAUGUGUUCAAAGUGAAUGGGACUGAUUUCCAGCAAUGUUCAGCUCCAUUAGACAGUGUGCCAUUAACCAGUGGACAUGAUGUGAUCACCCUUGCAACCCCUGGAAGAAAAUGGUACAUUUGUGGUGUUGCCCAGCACUGUGCAAUGGGUGGCCAGAAGCUUCUUAUAACUGUGUUUCCAUCGUCGUUUGCUCCGAGCCCCAGCCCCACCUGGGAAAACAGCAACCCUUCAUGGUCUGCUCCUGCCCCCAGUCCCACCUGGUAAAAAAGCAGACCUUCCUGGGAUGCUCAAAGCCCCCACCUGGGGCUACACCAACUAGAAGUGUCAACUUGGAGCAAUACAUGGGUGAUCUGCGUUAAGCUUGGGGCCGCUAAUCCUAGCGUCGUAACUGUUUUUCAGUAACACUGUGUUUGGGUAAUUCAUUUUCCAGUUAUUAAUAAGUGUGAGUUUUGCAAU